GCCAUUCUGAACAAACGUGUUGUUGUGACGCACAUUUGAUGCGUCGGAGUUCUGUGUCAACAUGGCUGCACACGCUGGAGACAAGCGUGGUCUGGAGCAUUUAGAUGAAUAUGAUCCAAAACCGGCAAAACAGCAAAGAAGUUUGCACGAUCAGAUGGCGGAAAAGCGGUUUGUUGUUGUUUUAGAAGGAGCGACGCUUGAAACCGUAAAGGUUGGAAAGACAUUUGAGUUGCUGAACUGCGAUCAACAUAAGAGUAUGAUCAUGAAAAGUGGAAGAGACCCUGGGAAGAUUCGCCCUGAUAUCACACAUCAGUGCCUGUUGAUGUUACUGGACAGUCCUUUGAACAGAGCUGGACUGCUUCAAGUGUACAUUCACACAGAGAAGAAUGUUUUGAUCGAGAUCAACCCACAGACAAGAAUUCCUCGCACUUUUGCACGAUUUUGUGGACUAAUGGUCCAGCUUCUGCACAAGCUGAGUGUGAGAGCAGCUGAUGGUCCUCAGCGUUUGUUAAGGCUGAUUAAAAAUCCAGUGUCGGACCACCUGCCUCCUGGAUGCCCCCGAUAUUCGACAUCGUUCAAAGCAGGAGAUGCUGUGUGUCCCAGAACAAUUGUCCCUAAAGAUGGACCUGCCGCUGUUGUCAUUGGUGCAUUUGCACAUGGAACAGUGAAUGCUGACUACACAGAGAAGACUGUGUCCAUCAGUAACUAUCCUCUGUCUGCCGCUCUGACCUGUGCCAAGAUGUGUUCAGCGUUUGAGGAGGUCUGGGGAGUGUUAUGACAAAACCAAACUGUUAUGAACUUUCAUGUUUCUGCCGGAUUGAGGAACAGACCUUUGGACUGCGUUCUGUGUAUGUGUGUAUAGUCCAUUCCUUUGAGCAAAAAUUGUGUUAUAUGAUGUCAGAACAGAGGAGAAUAUUUCAUGUAUUAUGACACAAUUUUAACUCACACUGAAGCAAACAGUUAUACCCUUUAAAAUGUGGGGUAUUAAACCUCAAUUCCAUUUUGUAUAGGUUUAUACACUUAAUAAUAAACCCAGAUUUGCAUUUAAAACUAUGUCUGAUACAUGUAACAACACUUUGCCCUUUUUUUCUACCUACAAUAAAGAAGAGCAUGCAACAGUGUGCCACUUUUUCAGCCGCCUUUGUUUCCAGAAGCAAUUUUCCAUUUAAAACGUCCAUGUUAAAGGAGUAUAAGCCAUAAACAAAGCCAACCAGCUAUAAGAUGAAUCAGAACAUUACAUUACUAUUAAGCAAAAAAAUAUUUGAAAAUCAGACAAAAAGAC